AUGCCCGGCUUCGGUGUGCCUCAGCUCGUUCUCUCGCGCGUGGAAAUUCCGUGGCCUCGAGGCCGUUCCCCGUGCACUCAAGGCCGUUACGGUCGCAUGUGGGCGAAGAGAGGCCGUCGCCUGCGCGGCGCAGCUGAGCCGGAUCGAUAUUCCGCGGAGAGAGGCACGGGGAAGGCGACACACUCCGGGAUCGGCCGCGUGCACUGCGUCUUUCACCUCGCCCGGUUCAUCACAGCGAUAGCAAGUGUCAUCCUUCCGAGCGACAUCCUUCUUUACGCGAUGUCGUGUUGCAAGCAAGAGAAGCACGCGGAGGUGCAGGAAUACUACGGGAAGGAGCUGAAGAGCCAGAAGGACCUGAAGAGCGUGGCGUGCAUCGUCCAAGGCUCGACCAAGAUCCCCCAACACGUGAAGCAGUGCCUCGCGAACGUCCACGAUGAGAUCAUGGCCACGAACUACGGGUGCGGCAACCCGUUCCCGGACGGGUUGACCGGCUGCAAGGUCCUCGACCUGGGCUGCGGGACGGGCCGGGACGUCUUCGUCCUCAGCCAGCUGGUCGGGGGAGACGGCGCCGUCGUCGGGGUCGACAUGACCCCCGAGCAGUUGAAACGAAUAAGUAAUCCUCAGAUCGCGAAGGCCGAGGAAUACGCGGACCACCACAUGAAGAAGUUCGGCUUCGAGCAGUCCAACGUCAGCUUCAAACUGGGCUACAUGGAGGACCUCAAGGGCCUCAAACUCCAAGAGGACUACUUCGACGUCAUGGUAUCGAACUGCGUGGUGAAUCUCUGCCCGGACAAGCGGGCCGCCCUGGCCCAGGCCUUUGAUCACCUCAAGGUAGGAGGGGAGCUGUACUUCAGCGACAUCUACGCCAGCUGCCCCGUGCCCAAAGUCCUCCAAGAGAACAAGGACCUGUGGGGCGAAUGCUACUCCGGCGCCCUGUGGUGGGAGGACCUCCACUCCAUCUGCGCCGACGUCGGCUUCCGCAGCCCCAUCAUCAAGGAGUCCAAGCCGGUCCCCGUCACGACCGAGGAGCUCCAGCGGAUGCACGUCGACGAGCUUCCCAAGGACCUGACGUUCGCCUCGGUCACUUACCGCAAGAAGUUCGGCAGAGGGAGGCCGCUGCUACGGAGGGGGUUCCGACGGUGGAUGCUGCCGCCUGAGGUUCCUACGAGACUGAGGAAACUCAAGCGGGUGCUAGAGCAGAAGUUCCAGCCGAGGAAGGCAAUUCGUGUGUUUGCAGUGACGGGUGUCCCCAAGAAUAUCAGCAAGGAAUUGGCUUCCAUCCUAGAAUCUUCCAGGUUCAAGACCAACUUCAAGUUCGAAGACACUGUCGACGGGGAAUCCAUUCACGAGGUAGGGCAUAGACUCUCAAAAUACAAAGUGAAUAACCCAACGUCGCCGAUGGGAGACUACGAUUACCCAGACACCAGAGGCCCCACCCGAGCCAGCUUCUACGCCUUAACCCGACGAAACUCCCUGGAGGAGGACGGAUACCGGAUGGGGGUAAACUCCCGGAUCGGGGGUGUAUAUCCCUACAGGUCUUCCAGCUACGAACGGGUCAAGUCCAAGUUCUCCUACGAACCCUGGAAGGCGAGGGUGGUGAAGUUCUACAAAAACGGCGACCUCCACUUCAAACCCUUCGAGUUCCGCUUCCGACCCAGCCGAGACGCGAUCGAUCUGGACGUGCUGUGCCGGCAUCUGACCAAGCGGAUCCCCAGCUUGCCCAAGGGGGUCAGGUACAUCUUCACCCUGGACGGGAGGAUGAUCCAAGAUCUGGAGGGCGUCCGCGACGGUGGCAGCUACGUCUGCUCCUCUGACACCGACUUCAAGGUGCGAAUUUUCUAA